UUGGCUUUUAAGUCCUACCAAACAUGCUAAUGUAUUCAGAAUUCAAAUACAUCAUCUCACAAAUUACAACACAAAAAACAAAAAGGAAUAGGCUGCCUAAGCCCAAGACUAAACUAUUAAAUUAAGAACAUUAUAGUAUUACACCAUUUACUCCGAAGCUACUUUUAAAACAUUUUUUUAAUAUUUUAUGUUCAAACCUCAUAGAUCCAACUCACAAAUUAGAUUCUCCUGUCUAUAAGCUUGUUCGAGAGAGAGAGAGAGAGAGAGAGAGAGAGAGAGAGAGAGUGGUUUCUCUGGAACAGUAGCAGAAGGUCAAACUUUUCUUCUUUGCUCCAAGUAAACAUUGUUCCAGUAAAAUCUGAGGACUAAUUCUGACUCUGUGAGGCCCACAAUGGAAGAAGAUGAGGCAUGAAUUCACAUGUAAGAUCUCCUUAUGCUGUUCAAAAGUCUUGACUGUUGCAUUCAUCUUCUCAAGAGUACUCAGUGUCAGUCACAUACAAAUUAGAGCAAGAAUCCAACAGGGAGGCCAGUUUUUCUGAUGUCGAUGGUGGUCAACCAGGCUUUUUUGAAUGCUACUCAAAAACAUGGUGUGGAGUGUCUCAGCACGAAAUCAUAAAACUGGUGUUGGACAUUUAACCAGGUAAAACGUUACGCGCUUGUUACACUGUAUCCAAGGUUAAACCUUUACCUGUGUUCCUUGCCACUCUUGAGACUUCAUAACCAGAAAAUCAGGUUUUGGGGAUUCCUUAUUCCGUUGACUAUGGAUGAAGAAGCAAUGCUGUCAGCAGAACCUCCUAAGGAGAUCCAAACCAUUGAUACCAAGUCCCUCACCAUCAAGAUAGCAAAUUCCUGCAAGAAAAAUGGUAAAGAAAUUCGAGCUAACAUUGUGCCCUCAACUCUAGAUUCACUUUCAAAGAACUCGGUAGAAAAUUCAGUAGCAUCGUCUCCGUAUUACUCUCCACUCAUCUCACCUCCAUCCUCAGCAUUUGUUUCAGCAUUACAAUCACCUUACAUUUCUCCAAGGGCCAACGUAGUUACGAGUUCAAAUCCAACCCAAGAAAGUCCCACACCAACCACUACACUCACUCACCCGUCUCCUCCAGUGUCAUACUGUGGAUCACAGUCAGAUGACAUCCCGAGUACUUCCUACACUCCACCUCCCGAAAAAUACCACUAUUCUGAUGACCCCGACAACACAAAGUUCAAAAUUGUGACUUGUGUUCCAGUUUCAGGUCCAGACACGGCUCCUCGUAUUUCAUUUUCAUUUCCUGUUCCUCGAAUUUCCUUUGCAAGAGGCUCUGUUUCACCUGCCUGCAAUGCCAAACUUAGGAGCUGUGAUGUUUACAUAGGCUUCCACGGACAGAACCCAAAUUUGAUACGGUUCUGUAAGUGGCUUAAAUCGGAGCUCGAGGAUCAGGGCAUUGCUUGCUUUGUUGCAGACAGAGCAAGGUAUGCGGAUAAUCAGAGCCAUGAGAUUGCGGACAGGGUUAUUUGCUCUGUGACCUUUGGAGUGGUCAUUGUCACCAGUUAUAGCCUUCCAAACCAUCUAAGUUUGGAGGAGAUCAGAUUCUUUGCACAAAAGAAGAACUUAAUUCCUUUGUUCUUCGACACUGACGCCAAUGAAAUUGCAAGGCUUUUCAACCCACAUUCUGAUAAUAAGGAAUGUAGAGAAGCACUGGAUGGAUUAUUGAGGUCUCAUGAAUUCAGACUGGAAGCGAAUGAUGGGAACUGGAGAAAUUGCGUGUCAAAAGCUGCUGGGAUAUUACGGGGAAAGCUCGGAAGGAAAAGCAUGACCGAAAAGGAAGUAGAAAGUUUUGAGGAGUUACCAUUUCCAAGAAACAAAUACUUUGUUGGGAGGGAAAAAGAUAUUAUGGAAAUUGAGAAUACAUUCUUUGGACAUAGGGAUUACACGGAGCAAGAAUGUACCAUGCCAACAAUUAAAGGAGGAAAACCAGCGCAAUCUGAUGGUCUAGUGGACCAGGAAUGCGAGGCCGACACUGUUAGAGGAGGCAAAUACAUAAGUUUAGAAGUUGGCAGGUGCAAGGAGCCAACUUUGGAGGCUUGGGCUGAACCAGUUAUUGGAAGAAAUUCACAGAAAAGACCUAAAUAUAAAAAGUCUAGAAGUGGGAAAAACAAGAGCUUCGACAGCAGCAUCGUGUGCAUAAAUGGAUCACCGGGAAUUGGAAAGACAGAGCUUGCUUUGGAAUUUGCAUACAGGUACUCACACAGAUACAAGAUGGUUUUGUGGGUUGGUGGUGAAACUCGGUAUUUCAGGCAAAAUGUACUAAACAAAUCGCUCAAUAUGGGGUUGGAUGUGAGUGCAGAUGCAGAGAAGGUAAGAGGGAGGAUCCGGAGCUUUGAUGAACAAGAAUCUGAAGCAUUCAAGAGAAUUAAAAGGGAGCUGUUUCGAGACAUGCCUUAUUUACUGAUUAUCGAUAAUCUAGAGACCGAGAGGGAAUGGUGGGAAGGGAAGGAUCUACAUGACUUAAUACCGAGGAAUACAGGUGGCACCCAUGUAAUUAUCACGACUAGGCUCCCCAGAGUAAUGAAUUUUGAACCAAUUCAACUUCAGCCAUUGCCAUUUUCGGAUGCAAUGAUAUUGAUUAGAGGAAGACGGAAAAAGGAGUAUCCGGCUGCAGAACUAGAAACCCUUGGAAAGUUCAAUGAGAAAUUGGGCAGCUCAAGUUUUGGAUUGUGGGUGAUAGGUUCGCUGCUUUGUGAACUUGCAAUUACUCCAUCGGCUCUGUUUGAGGCAGUGAACAAUGUCCAAUACGAAGAAGCUACUGGCUGCUUUAUUGCAGAUCAACAAUUUCAUAGAACAAAUACUUUUCUAAUGAAAGUCCUGUCUUUUUGUGCUGUUGUGUUGCAGCAAACAAAUGUAGGGACGAAUCUUCUAGCCUCGAAAAUGCUUCAGGUUGGAGCAUGGUUUGCCCCAGCUCCCAUUCCAUCAAGUUUACUGGCCACGGCAGCAAAUUACAUUCCUUCCACCAGAAACAAAUUGAGAAAGUGGACCAAGUGCUUGAAAGUAACUUUCUGUUGUAGCUCAGGUUGUUUAGCAAAUCAACCAUGGAAGAGUGAAGAGGAUUCAGCACUUCUCUUAGUUAAACUCGGUUUGGCACGGAUAGCCAAUAAACAGCCCGGAUGCUGGAUCCAGUUACAUAACAUUACUCAAACAUUUGCAAAAACGAAAGAAGGUUCAGAUGCUGCCAAGGCAACGGUUCAAGGAGUAAGGAAAAUAGGAAAUCCACUAGAAAAUUCAGACCACCUGUGGGCUUCAGCUUUCCUUGUCUUUGGCUUUAAGUCCGAACCCCCAAUUGUCCAGCUCAAGGCAAUUGACAUGGUUGUCUUUAUCAAGAAAACAACUCUCCCUCUAGCAAUAAGUGCCUUCACAACAUUAUCAAGAUGCAACUCGGCCUUAGAGCUUCUGAAGGUCUGUACAAACGUACUAGAAGAAGUCGAGAAGUCAUUUGUGUCUCAGAUACAGGAUUGGUGCCAUGGUUCUCUUUGCUGGAAAAAGGCACUUCAAUCCCACCAGAGAGUGGACGAGUACGUGUGGCAGGAAGUGACAUUGCUGAAAGCUACACUGCUUGAGACGAGAGCAAAAUUACUGCUGAGAGGUGGCCAUUUCGACAGUGGGGAAGAGCUGUGCAGAACUUGCAUCAGUAUCAGGACAGUGAUGCUAGGGCACAACCAUGCUCAAACAUUAGCUGCUCAAGAAACAUUAGCCAAGUUAGUGAGAAUGAGGAGUAAGAUAUGAUGUUGUAUCUCGAAAUAUAAUAGUCUUAUCCACGGACAGACUCGAUUUUGUUCACAUUGUAGUCAUCUGCCAUUAACUAGUUAGCUUAUAUAAAAGCUAUCAAUUCAAUGUACUCUCUCAGAAUCGUGCGAUCAUCGAAUCAUUACUUUCUUGA